CCGCGGAGGUCGCUUCAGCCUUUCCCUUUCGCUGCCCUCGCCGCGCCAUGGAGAAGAGCUCGAGUUGCGAGAGUCUUGGUUCUCAGCUGGCUGCGGCUGCACGGCCGCCCAGCGUGGAUUCCCUGUCCAGUGCCUCCACUUCUCAUUCAGAGAAUUCAGUGCAUACAAAAUCAGCUUCUGUCAUAUCAUCAGAUUCCAUUUCAACUUCUGCAGACAACUUUUCUCCUGAUUUAAGUGUCCUGAGGGAGUCUAACAAAUUAGUAGAAAUGGAAGAACCACUCUUGCUUCCAGGAGAAAAUAUUAAAGACAUGGCCAAAGAUGUAACUUAUAUAUGCCCAUUCACUGGUGCUGUACGAGGAACUCUGACUGUUACAAAUUACAGGUUAUAUUUCAAAAGCAUGGAACGGGAUCCUCCAUUUGUUUUAGAUGCUUCUCUUGGUGUGAUAAGUAGAGUAGAAAAAAUUGGUGGUGCUUCCAGUCGAGGUGAAAAUUCUUAUGGACUAGAAAUUGUAUGCAAAGAUAUCUGGAAUUUACGGUUUUCUCAUAAACCUGAGGGGCGAACAAGAAGAUCCAUAUUUGAGAAUCUAAUGAAAUAUGCAUCCCCUGUCUCUAAUAACCUGUCCCUCUUUGCUUUUGAAUACAAAAAAGUAUCCUGGAAGCUAUAUGAUCCUCUUUUAGAGUACAGAAGGCAGGGAAUUCCUAACGAAAGCUGGAGAAUAACAAAGAUAAAUGAACAAUAUGAGCAGAGUGAUACAUACCCUGCCCUUUUGGUUGUGCCAGCAAAUAUACCUGAUGAAGAAUUGAGAGUGGCAUCCUUCAGAUCAAGGGGCCGGAUCCCAGUUUUAUCAUGGAUUCAUCCUGGAAGUCAAGCCACAAUCACUCGAUGUAGCCAGCCCAUGGUAGGAGUGAGUGGAAAGCGCAGCAAGGAGGAUGAAAAAUACCUUCAGGCCAUCAUGGAUUCCAAUGCCCAGUCUCAUAAAAUCUUUAUAUUUGAUGCCCGGCCUAGUGUUAACGUUGUUGCCAAUAAGGCAAAGGGAGGAGGUUAUGAAAGUGAAGAUGCCUACCAAAAUGCAGAACUAAUUUUUCUGGAUAUCCACAAUAUUCAUGUUAUGAGAGAAUCAUUACGAAAACUUAAGGAAAUUGUGUACCCCAACAUUGAGGAAACUCACUGGUUAUCUAACUUGGAAUCUACUCACUGGCUAGAACAUAUUAAGCUUAUUCUUGCAGGGGCUCUUAGGAUUGCUGACAAGGUAGAGUCGGGGAAGACGUCUGUGGUAGUACACUGCAGUGAUGGUUGGGACCGCACAGCUCAGCUAACUUCUCUGGCCAUGCUCAUGUUGGAUGGACACUAUCGAACCAUCCAAGGAUUUGAAGUCCUUGUGGAGAAAGAAUGGCUAAGUUUUGGACAUCGGUUUCAACUAAGAGUUGGCCAUGGAGAUAAGAAUCAUGCAGAUGCAGACAAGAUCGCCUGUUUUCCUUCAGUUCAUUGUGUCUGGCAAAUGACAAGACAGUUUCCUACAGCAUUUGAAUUCAAUGAAUAUUUUCUCAUUACCAUUUUGGACCACCUAUAUAGCUGUUUAUUUGGAACAUUCCUCUGCAACAGUGAACAGCAGAGAGGAAAAGAGAAUCGUCCCAAAAGGACUGUGUCACUGUGGUCUUACAUAAAUAGUCAGCUUGAAGACUUCACUAAUCCUCUCUAUGGGAGCUAUUCCAAUCAUGUCCUUUAUCCAGUAGCCAGCAUGCGCCACCUAGAGCUCUGGGUGGGGUAUUACAUAAGAUGGAAUCCACAGAUGAAGCCACAGGAGCCCAUUCACAACAGAUAUAAAGAACUUCUUGCUAAACGAGCAGAGCUUCAAAAAAAAGUUGAAGAACUACAGAGAGAGAUUUCCAACAGAUCAACUUCAUCUUCAGAAAGAGCCAGUUCUCCUGCACAGUGUGUCACUCCUGUUCAAACUGUUGUAUGA